AUGUUGAAGUGCUCCAGCUGUCAGGCUUUCCUCUGUGCCACUUUACAACCAGCUUUUGAUUUUGACAGAUAUAAGGAACGAUGUGCUGAGCUGAAGAAAGCCUUAUGUACUGCCCAUGAGAAGUUCUGUUUCUGGCCAGACAGCCCCUCUCCAGAUCGAUUUGGGAUAUUGCCAUUGGAUGAGCCCACUGUUCUUGUUAGUGAAUUCCUAGAUCGUUUUCAAAGCCUUUGUCACUUGGACCUCCAGCUUCCUUCCUUGAGGCCAGAGGACUUAAAAACUAUGUGCUUGACAGAAGACAAGAUCAGUCUUCUCCUGCACCUGCUUGAAGAUGAACUUGAUCACCGGACUGAUGAGAGAAAAACUGCAACCAAAUUAGGCUCAGACAUCCAAGUGCAUGUCACUGCCUGUAUUCUCUCCGUGUGUGGCUGGGCGUGUAGUUCUUUGUUGGAACCCAUGCAGCUCUCCCUGAUAACUUGUUCACAGUGUAUGAGGAAGGUGGGGCUCUGGGGCUUUCAGCAGAUCGAGUCGUCCAUGACUGACCUGGACGCUUCCUUGGGCCUGACCAGCUCCCCUGUCCCAGGCUCUGAGGGCCGGCCAGAGCGCUCCCCUCUGGUGCCUGAGUCUCCUCGCAGGAUGGUGACUCGGAGCCAGGAUACCAUCUUUUCCCCAGGCUCAGAGCAGGCUGAAAAGAGCCCAGGUCCCAUCAUCUCUAGAACUCGGAGUGGGGACUCAUCCAGUCCUGUGGACCGUCCCGAGCCGGAGGCCACUAGCCCUGCCACCAGAACCCGCCCAGUGACCCGCAGCAUGGGAACGGGAGAAAGCGCCAGCCUGGAAGUGCCAUCUAGUCCUCUUCGAAAAGCCAAACGGGCUCGCCUCUGCUCUUCCAGCAGCUUGGACGCCUCUUCCCGAAGCUUCUUUGAUCCCACGUCUCAGCAUAGAGACUGGUGCCCUUGGGUGAACAUCACACUCGGUAAAGAAACCAGGGAGAAUGGUGGCACUGAGGUGGAUGUCAGCACUCCGGCAGAGCCAGGCUGGAAGGCAGUGCUGAACAUCCUUUUGGCCCACAAACAGUCUAACCAGCCUGCUGAAACCGACUCCAUGAGUCUCUCUGAGAAAUCAAGGAAGGUAUUCCGAAUAUUCCGGCAGUGGGAAUCUCUGUGUUCAUCCUGA